AGCAUUUGACCGGCAUUUACAGCACUUAGUAACUGUAGACUGUAGUCACGAUCUAACGCUACACCAACAUAAUACAUUAUUAUUAUGCCACGUGGGAGGCCGAGGAGGACCCAAGAUUCCGAUGAAGAAUGGCCCGAGAAUGAGCCAGGCACUCAGCCAAGUCAGGCUAGCAGAACACAAGCAGAAAAAGCCAUCCAGAGACUUUCUCCUGAUGAACGACAAAGAAAGGUGAACGAGAUUGUGCAGUUCAUGCUGAUCGCGGAUCAGCGCAAAUACCCGAUAAAACGGACAGAAGUCAACAAGCACGUGCUGAAGGAGCAUUCCGGAACCUUCUCCAUGCUCAUCGACUCCGUCCGCGCCCAGCUGCGCGAGGUCUUUGGCAUGAAACUCAUUGAGCUGACUAGUCGCAAGGAAGCUUCAUCUCGCGAUCGAGGACUGCGCGCAUGAUGCAUCUGGAUGGUCCGACAGAUUCACACGAAGAACGGUCUACUGCUCGUCAUCCUCAGCCUGAUCUUCAUGAAGGGGAACGUUCUCGCCGAAGGCAUCCUCUGGCAGUUCCUGUAUAGAUUGGACGUCGACGUCUCGAGGAAGCAUCACCCGAUCUUCGAGGAUGUGCGCAGGCUGAUCACGCAGGAGUUCACGAGACAGCUCUACCUUAACUACGAGCGUAUCCCGAGCACUGACCCCGCGCAGUACCAGUUCACGUGGGGAGAGCGCGCGGAACACGAGAUCUCGCGAGAACAGAUACUCAACUUUGUGUGCGAGGUGUAUGGAGAUGGUCUGACUCCAGAGCAGUGGACAUCUCAGUACGCAGACAUUCAGCAGUUGCAGCAAGAGGGCGCCGGUGGAAAUCAGUGAUCGACAACGGAAUCCCACUCGGGAGUCAAGGCUGUGACAAUGUGAUAAACACCAACACUGUAUAUACUGAGGCUGC